AUGAUAUCUUUAACUUCUGCUAAACUAUGCUUCCUCCCUUAUUGCCUUGUCAUCUUGUUGUAUGUUUCAUCACCAAAUUGGGUUGCCUUCCCUUCUGCUACUUCUACUUCUGAUACUGAAGCAAAGGCUCUUCUCAAAUGGAAAGCCAGCUUAUUUCCAAAUCAAGCCCUCAAUAACCUCACCUGGUACGACCCUCCCAUUCAUAAUAUUAAUGUCACCAAUUCUUCCAACAGCAAUCCAAAACCAAGAACAAGCCCAUGCACCUGGAUUGGUGUUUCAUGCAACGCAGCUGGAAGUGUCAGCAAGCUAAACCUUUCCACUUGUGGUAUUCAAGGUACGCUACAUGAGUUUUCAUUCUUGUCCUUCCCUAAUCUUGAAUAUCUUGACCUCAGCUUGAACAAACUUUUUGAAGCCAUCCCACCUCAAAUCAGUAACCUCUCCAAACUCCACUAUCUUGAUCUCUCUUGGAAUAACUUGUCUGGGAGAAUCCCACCAGAAAUCAAUCUCUUGAGAAAUCUUACCCUUCUUUGUCUCUAUGACAAUAAACUUUCUGGUUUGAUUCCCAAGGAGAUAGGGAGCUUGAAAUCUCUUGUAGAUCUAAGGUUGUCUUACAACAAUUUAAGUGGUCGCAUCCCUCCAAAUGUUGGUAGCUUAAUAAAGCUAAACACUUUGUACUUGAAUGACAAUCAACUUUCUGGUUCGAUUCCCAAGGAGAUAGGGAACUUGAAAUCUCUUGUAGAUCUAGAGUUAACCUACAACAAUUUAAGUGGUCUCAUCCCUCCAAAUAUUGGUAACUUAAUAAACCUAAACACUUUGUACUUGGCUAACAAUCAACUUUCUGGUUUGAUUCCUAAGGAGAUAUGUAACUUGAAAUCUCUUGUAAAUCUAACGUUGUCCUACAACAAUUUAAGUGGUGUCAUCCCUCCAAAUAUUGGUAACUUAAUAAACCUAAACACUUUGUACUUGCAUACCAAUCAACUUUCUGGUCUGAUUCCCAAGGGGAUAGGGAACUUGAAAUCUCUUGUAGAUCUAGAGUUGUCCUACAACAAUUUUAGUGGUCCCAUCCCUCCAAAUAUUGGUAACUUGAAAUCUCUUAUAGAUCUACAGUUGGGCCACAACAAUUUAAGUGGUCUCAUCCCUCCAAAUAUUGGUAACUUAAUAAGCCUAAACAAUUUGUACUUGCAUUUCAAUCAACUUUCUGGUUUGAUUCCCAAGGAGAUAGGGAACUUGAAAUCUCUUGUAGAUCUAGAGUUGUCCAACAACAAUUUUAGUGGUCCCAUCCCUCCAAAUAUUGGUAACUUAAUAAAUCUAAAGUAUUUGUACUGGAAUAACAAUCAACUUUCUGGUUUGAUUCCCAAUGAGAUAUGGAACUUGAAAUCUCUUACAGAUAUAAUAUUGUCCAACAACAAUUUAAGUGGUCCCAUACAUCCAAAUAUUGGUAACUUAAUAAAGCUAAACUAUUUGUACUUGCAUUCCAAUCAACUUUCUGGUUUGAUUCCUAAAGAGAUAGGGAAUUUGAAAUCUCUUCUAGAUCUAGAGUUGUCUUACAACAAUUUAAGUGGUCUCAUCCCACCUGAGAUUGGCAACGCAACCCAAAUUCAUGUGCUGGACCUUUCUUCAAAUCAUUUAGUUGGGUUGAUCCCAAAAGAAUUCGGGAAGUUGUCUUCGUUGGUGAACUUGAGGUUGAAUGGAAAUCAACUUUCGGGUCGUAUACCUUCGGAAUUCGAAUCAUUCAAUGAUCUUGAAUAUCUUGACUUGUCAACAAACAAAUUGAAUGAGUCAAUUCCGAGCAUUCUAGGUGACUUGCUCAAAUUAUACCAUCUGAAUUUGAGCAACAACAAAUUAUCUCAAGCAAUUCCAUUUAAGUUGGGGAAGUUAGUUCAACUGAAUGACUUAGAUUUAAGCCAUAACUCACUUGAAGGUAAGAUACCAUCAGAAAUGGGCAGUAUGCAGAGUUUGGUGACACUUGAUCUUUCCCACAACAAUCUUUCAGGUUCCAUACCAUCAAGUUUGGAAGAGAUGCACGGCUUGUCGUACGUUGACAUAUCCUACAAUCACUUGGAAGGUCCCCUUCCCAACAUCAGUGCAUUUCAAGAAGCUCCCCCAGAAAGAUUGAAAGGGAACAAAGGAUUGUGUGGCAAAGUUGGAGCUCUGCUGCCACCCUGCAAUGCACAUGGCUCAAAAAAGGAUCACAAGUUAAUAUUCUCUCUUCCAGCGAUAUUUAUACUUCUAUCUGCUUUCUUUACAAUUGUCUUUGUAAUAGUGCAAAGAAAGAAGAAGCAUCAAGAUACUAAACAAAACCACAUGCAUGGAGAAAUUUCCUUUUCGGUUUUAAAUUUUGAUGGAAAAUCAAUGUAUGAGGAAAUCAUAAGGGCAACAGAAGAUUUUAAUUCCACAUACUGCAUUGGGAAGGGAGGACAUGGAAGCGUCUACAGAGUGAAUUUGUCAUCUGGAGACGUAGUGGCCGUGAAGAAACUUCAUCUAUUAUGGGAUGGGGAGACAGAAUUUCAGAAGGAGUUCUUGAAUGAAGUAAGGGCACUUAGUGAGAUAAAACAUCGAAAUAUUGUGAAGCUCUAUGGUUUCUGCGCACAUAAACGACACUCGUUUUUGGUGUAUAAGUAUCUUGAAAGAGGUAGCUUGGCCGCAAUGUUGAGCAAAGAUGAAGAAGCUAAAGAGUUGGGGUGGAGUAAAAGGGUGAAUAUUGUUAGAGGCUUAGCUCAUGCCUUGUCUUACAUGCACCACGAUUGCUUGCCACCAAUUGUACAUCGUGACAUCUCAAGCAAGAACAUUUUGUUGGAUUCUGAAUAUGAGGCCUGUGUUUCAGACUUUGGCACAUCUAAGUUUUUAAAUCCAAACUCAACCAAUUGGACUGCCGUUGCAGGCACAUAUGGCUACAUGGCACCAGAGCUUGCAUAUACAAUGGAAGUAAACGAGAAGUGCGAUGUUUAUAGCUUUGGAGUUGUCACACUGGAAAUAAUUAUGGGAAGCCAUCCAGGAGAUUUUUUUUCAUCUUUAUCAUCAGGGGCAUCAUCUUCGUCCUCAUCUGCAUCAUCUGCCCCUGAAAUGCCAAUUUCGGAAGUUCUGGACCAACGGAUCUCCCCACCCACAAAACAAGAAGCAGGGGAGGUGGUCUCUCUGGUGAAGAUCGCAUUUGCAUCCUUGAAUCCCAGUUCGCAGUGUCGUCCAACAAUGAAGAAAGUUUCUCAGCUCCUGUCAUCAACUCAGAGGCUGCGUUUGUCAAAGCCAUUACAUAUGACAACAUGUGGUGAAUUGCUUGCUGUUGAUGGUUUCACUGCCUGAUCAGGACAUGUGCUGCUUUUCAUUGGAGUCUGCCUUAUUCUAAGUUUUCUUAGAUGUUUGGAUUAUUGUAAUAUAUUUCAUGCCCACUUCUGUCUUUUGGGUUAUUAGUAUUUAGAAAUAUUUUUCGUAAUGUAUGUA